AUGGACCAGAUCCCCCUCAACUACGAGGCCUCGGCCGGCGACAGCCACAAGCAGGUUGUCACUUGCCUGCCGCCCGAGGUGGUGCAGUGUCUGGAGAAUGCCCGCUUCCUUCACCUGGCGACCUGUACCGACAACCAGCCGCACGUGUCGCUGAUGAACUACACCUACCUGCCGUCCUCGCCGCACUCGGCCGCCCCCGUCAUCGUCAUGACCACCAACCCCUCCUCCAAGAAGAUGAACAACCUCGUCGAGAACCCCAACGUCUCGCUGCUGGUGCACGACUGGGUAUCGCACCGCCCGCCGACCCAGGGGCGUCGACCCUCGGGCGGGUCGCCCGGCCCGGAACACAGGUCGAGCCUCGCCUCCAUGCUGCUCAACCUGAACACGAGCGCCAUCAGCAGCAUCAGCGCCACCAUCAAUGGGACAGCUUCCCUGGUGACCCGUGGCUCGGACGAGGAGAAGUUCUACAGGGACCAACACCUCGAGAACAACACCUUCGACUCCGAGGGCGGCGAUCUGUUCGUGCACCAAGCACAGAGCCCGCAGGAAGAUGGUGGCCGGAAUUGCUUCGUUGCCGGCGAGGAAGUCCGAGUGAUCCUGGUCAACAUCAAAGACAUAAGGACAAGUGACUGGAAGGGCGGCGUCACGGACUACGUGCUCGCAAAUGCCGGCACCUCGGCAAAUGUCAAUGGAAUAUAG